UCAAUUGGUGGUACUCGAUAUUUGAAAAUCGAUACGCUCGAUUCUUUGACGAACGAAACGAAAUAAGAGGUAUUUCUGUUCUUGCCGAUAAAAUGGCAAAUUUGCGGCAAACUCCGUUGACUUGUAGUGGACAUACAAGACCAGUAGUGCAUUUAGCAUUUAGUGAUGUAACUGAAUGUGGAUAUUUUCUCAUUUCAGCUUGCAAAGAUGGAAAACCAAUGUUACGACAAGGGGAUACAGGAGAUUGGAUUGGCACCUUCGAAGGACAUAAAGGAGCUGUUUGGGGAGUAGCUUUAAACCCUCAAGCUACUAAGGCAGCAACAGGAGCCGCAGAUUUCAAUGCAAAAGUCUGGGAUGCUGUAACAGGGGAAGAAAUCCACUCCUUUCAACACAACCAUAUUGUAAAGAGUGUUAACUUUUCAUCUGAUAGCACACUGUUUGCAACUGGUAGCAAUGAGAAACUUGUCCGCAUAUUUGAUCUCAAUAAGCCUGAAGCAACUCCAACAGUUUUUUCGGGUCAUACAUCAGGGAUUCGACAUGUGAUAUUCUUUCGUGGUGACACACAUUUGGUAACUUGUGCAGAUGAUCGAACUUUAAGGGUAUGGGAUCGCACUUCUGGCCAGGAAGUGCAAAAGUUGGACUUCAGUGCCAUUCCAAGCAGCCUGGAAGUGGCUCGUGAUGGCUCAACACUCACAGUAACACAUGGCAAUGUAGUCAGCUUUUGGGAUGCUCAAAGCUUGAAGAAAAUCAGAGAAUUCACAGUGCCAACCCAAGUGAACUCAGCUUCUCUUCAUCCAGAUAAAACCAUUUUUGUGUGUGGAGGUGAAGAUUUGAAAAUGUACAAGUUUGACUACACCACAGGAACAGAGAUAGAAUCGUUCAAGGGCCACUUUGGACCUGUGCACUGCGUUCGCUUCUCACCUGAUGGUGAAUUAUAUGCUUCAGGCUCUGAAGAUGGAACUCUACGUCUGUGGCAGACGACUGUUGGUAAGACAUAUGGUCUGUGGAAGUGUAUAGAGAGUAACCCUAUAUCGACAGAGUCAGUCCUCCCACCCAAGGAAGUGCCUGCAAGCUAAAGAUGCACUCUGUUACCACAGUGGAAAAUUUUUUUGAGGUGUUCUGAAAAAAAGAAGAUUUAUAAAGUGAAGCUUUCGUGGCAACUGAAGUUGAUGAAAGACUCUUGGGCUACAAGCCACGUCAGGUGGCUGAAUGAUGAAUAAACCAUAUUCUUUGCCAACGUUUUGAGAGCCAUCUCUGGUCUCAUCCUCAGGGCAUCUGUGUAACAAAACAUUGGCAAGCACGCUACAGAGGACCCGAAAGGGGUCAGACGUUCAAGCUGACCAUAGAUGAUGAAAAAAGCCACCCGAUGUGGCUUGUAGCCCGAGAGUCUUUCAUCAUUUAUAUGAUUAUUUAUUAUUUUAUAAGUGGAGAAGUUAAGCCUUUAUAGGUCUUACCUGUACAAUAUUAACUUGAUGGAAAGUGUUCAUGUUCUUUGACUUCUGUGUUACCGAAACAAUGCUGAAGGCCUGUUUAACAGCAUUAAUAAAAUUCUGAUUCUUUACAAAUAAAAAUAUGUAUAUAAUCAGUUGAGAAUUCUGUCAGAAAUAAAGGCUGUGCUUGUCAUAGAUUUUAUUAAUCUUUAUUGGUCAAAUUUAUUUCUGUUUUGUUACAAUAGUAUAGUCUAAAUUACUUUUUUGUGUGCAUGAAUCAGUAUAAUAUUAAUUUUUGUUGGGUGGUUGCUUGUGAACAAACUUAAGUAUUGAAGCUGUCUUAACAUUAUAUCAAGAACAAAAUGUUGAGUCAAGUUCACAUUGAUAUUGGGCCAGUAAAGAUUAAUGUAGAGACAGGAUGCAACAAGUAUUGAUGGUGGUACUUCAUACCACAAAAUCGCUGCAGUUGCUCAUGACAUUUUCGUUGAAUUGGAAUGGGAACUCAGAAACUUAUUUAAUGGGCUCAUAACAUUAUAUAUUUGUUAAAUUGGUAUGAUGGCUGUAUCUAGAAAGUCUGUUCUAUACAAAAAGAGUUUCUGUAUUUUAAACUCUGACCAGAUUAUAAUUAAACCUGUAAAAUGUGAAGAAAGUUUUUAUACACUGGAUUGAAUAAGCUCAUACCACCUUCAUUUAUGCAGUCGAACCUUGAAGGUGCAAGUGUUAUUUUUUAUUUAUCUGCAAAAUGAGGAGUAAUGUCUGUGAUGGGGGUUUAAAAUAUUAGUGUAGUCAUGGUGUAGCGUAGAUUACUUGCAGAGGGUGGAAUAAAAUAAAUAUUUAUAAAACUCUUGUGUUUUUCAAUUUUAUAAGAGAUGAAUACAUUAUGGUGUUUGUUACAUG